AACUUGGAUGUACCUUGAACCGAUCUUCAAGAGUGAAGACAUCAAAAGUCAGUUGCCUCUCGAGAGCAAGAAGUUCAACACGAUGGAGAGGGCUUGGAGGAGGACAAUGAAAAGUGGCGUUUGAAAAUCCUAAGUUAAUCGCAAUAUGUCCAGACAAGCGGUUGCUUGACUUGCUGAAGGACAACAACAAACUGCUGUACAUGGUUUACAAGGGGCUGUCUGAGUAUUUAGAGAUGAAACGUUCCGUGUUCCCACGCCUCUACUUCCUCAGUGAUGAUGAACUGCUGGAGAUACUGUCACAAGGUCGCAACCCACUAGCCGUUCAACCCCAUCUGCGCAAGUGUUUUGAAAACAUUGCACGACUGAAAUUUGAGGAGGAUCUUCGAAUCACCAAGAUGAUCUCAGGGGAAGGAGAAAGUGUGGAUCUGAUCCCAGACAUGUAUCCUAAAGGCAGUGUUGAAGUGUGGCUUCUUCAGGCAAGUUUUUCAC